AUAAUAUAGAAGCCUCAAUCUAUAUAAAAUGCCAAAAAAAAAUUAGAGAUUAAGGCUGAUAUUUUAUUGGGCUUGUUAGUCCGAUUAGGUCAAAACGUCAAAAAGCUCUUGUUGGGUAAUAAACUAAUAAUAUACUAUCUUCUACCAAUUUGUUUGAGCAACAUCGUUUUGUCUGUGAUUGUGACUACUGGUCUUUAGGGUUUCUGUGUUGAAGAGAGAAAAGAUGGACUCUGGAUUAAGUAAUGAGAAUCCAGUUGUCUAUCUGAAGAAACAACAACGUCUUCGUACUGAUCGAAGCAACACCGAUGAGUUCUCAAGAGAACCAAUAGACCAGCUCGAGAUUUUUGAUAUCCUCUAAUUUUUCUUAUAAUCCGUAACAAAUUGCAUAUUCUCAUCAUUAUCUUUAUUAUAGGAUCAACUUCUUUUUUUUCUCUUAACAAUCUACAAAUCAUAUAAAAGAUAUCAAAGAUCCAGAGUAUCCUAUGCAGUCUCUGGAAGAUCUCCGUGUAGUUACAGAAGAAUCAGUUGAAGUUGAUGAUGACAAGAGUUAUGUUAGAAUUACAUUCAGACCAACUGUUCCACAUUGUCACUUGCCAAACUUAAUUGGUGUUUGCAUCUACGCAAAACUUCUAAAAAGCCUUCCUGCUCGAUUCAAGGUUGAUGUAAGAGUAGCACCAGGGAGUCAUGCAACAGAGGCUUCAGUCAAUAAACGAUUGGGAGAUAAAGAGCGUAUAGCGGCAGCCCUUGAGAAUCCUGACUUUAUGAGUCUGUUCAACUAAUGCUUACAAGUUUGUGUAAUUUUGGAUCCGCAUAGGACUGUGUCUUUACGUUCUUGAUUCUUAAUUUGCUAAUAUUUUCAGAACUAGAGAGCCUCUUGUAAUCUUUCCUCUGUUUAUAUAAAACUUCAUUCUCAAAUAUUUAGUCACAACUUGUCAAUGCUAAACAAUUAGUA